AUUCUAAAUACACCUAAUCUCGAGCUCAACGACGAAGAAAAGCGAAGGGGUCCAACUACAGCGAAAAUGAAUGAUGGAUGAUGGGCACAGAGUCAGUAAGGAAGGAUGAACAGGAAAUCAGAAGGGAAUUAAAAAUCUCGAAGCCUACAAACAACAAAACCGAAACCUGGUCAUCAUCCGAAUGGAACAGAAGAGAAGAGACUACGAACAAGCGCAAAGAAGUAUCAGCAUGCGCAACAAACAAAACACAUCGAAUCGGAGAGUCGCAGUGGUCGUCGUCGUGCAAGCGGAAGGAUGAAGAAAAAGGGGCCUUGAUCAUGAGGCCGGAAAGUGCACGGUUGCCACCGGGGCCGAGCCGCAAAGUCCAGGGACUCAUGGAGGACAGGGAGGGACGUAGAGAGAGAAGCAGGCAGGCAGCUGGGGUUGCCGGACGCGGACACGGACAGUGAAGCUCGGACGAGAGAUUGAUUCACGAGGAAGGAAGGAAGGAAGGAGGAAGAAGAAGAAGAAGAAGAGUAAGCGGAAGGGGAAGAAAUUGUUCUUCCGCUUGCAAGGCAAGGCAAGGCAAGGACAAAGAGCGAGGGAGGAAAGGGGCGAAGGAAGGGAGGUCCAGAUAAGAACGGGAUCGGUCGUGGGGCUAUCAUGAGCGAAAGCAAAUGGACAAGCGGACUUGGCCAAUUUGGCAGGACUCGAGUAAAUGCGAGCGUGCCCAAAAGCCAAUUGCGAGAUCGAGCGGUGGGGCCGGGCUGUCGCCGCUGGUCGGAAAUCAAGGGGACAUGGCAACGGGGUCUAGAGCAGAGAUUCCGAGCUCCGGGUUUUGCUCUUCGGUUGCAACGUUGGGUUGUCGCAUGCCGCCAGCAGACCUCGGCUCCGACCAUGUAGACUGGACACUUUGCGAGGGCAAGGAGAUCCAGCCGAGCGAUCAAAGGGGCGUCCAUUUAGUGCUGCAGCACACCGAAGACCCAGUCCAAGAUGGUACAAAAUUUUGGAAGUUUGGGAAAGGUUCCGGUUGAUGUUAUCUCCAACGAAAAGAUACCAUAAAAUAAGAUGUCGUGGGACUGAAUGAUUGCAGACAUUACUACCAUACUAUAAUGACCGGAACCCAUGAUUCAAAGAUGCAAGUGAUUACGAGGCUCUACAGCACAUUCUGCCUAUCCCCUCAAAUCGAAGG